AACGACGUCACGCAUAACAAAUAUGGCGGCGCCCUCUGAGCUGUGGCUGUCAAGAGUGUUGGGAGACGAGCAUGAAAACGUUACAAUCCCGAGUUGAUAUUAUAGGAUAUAUUUGACUUUUUUUUAAGGUGUGGGAGGAAUACAUUUGUUAAACGUCGUGAAAAAUGGGAUUCGAGCGGAUACUUAGCGGGGCACUGAAGUGUUACUCUAAACAGUUUCGUCUCGUAAAUAUUCAGCAAAAAGUAUUUCAAAAUGCGUCGAUGUCCACACAGACUACACCGAGCUCGGCCACGAUGGUUAACCGGGUUACAUGUGCAGCAGGUCUGUGGAGGAUAAUCGUCCCCACAAGCCGCAGCGGUGCCUUCGCUCACACACAGCCGGUUGUCCGCCUCUCCUCCUCCACCCAGCCCUCCAGAGAUGUCACCCUGUUCCAUCACGACAGGACCCGCUUCUUCCGGCUCCUCUCGGCCUUCUGCGGCGCCCAGUUUCUCUUUUGGACAUACCUAGGCUACUUCGCCUUCACAGGGCUCAGAGACACAGGGGGUAAGGGUAAAGCCAAGGAGCCCAGCACCACGGGACUAGCCGGGAUAUGGAGCUUCGAGAUGAACCUGGGCUCCAGCACCUGGCGGUACGGCUUCACGCUGGGCUGUAUGGCAAUAGGAGCAUGGAUUGUCGGACUUGGGGCGCUGUUCUGCAGGCGCUCUGUCAGCAAAGUGGUGCUACACCAAGGGGGGAAGAUGGUGACCGUUUGCACACAGUCACCUCUGGGGCCAGGCCAAGGCCAAACAAUAACAGUCCCACUGUCCCAGGUAGGCUGCUAUGCUCACAGGCAAGAGUCCCCCUCAUUCAUCCCACUCAGGGUCAAAGGACACAAGUUCUACUUCCUCCUGGACAAUGAGGGGACCAUCACCAACGCUAGGCUGUUUGAUGUCACUGUUGGGGCUUACCGGCCACUUUAAGUUGUGUGGAAAUAUGACACUGUUGCACCACGGAUGUGAUUUUACGUAUUUGCUUAACAAAUGUCAGUUUGACUGUCAAUUAAAUCAUCUAUAUGAGAACAAAUGUAUUUUAUUUGGAUAUUCAGGAUCAUUUAAAGAAGGCUGUUAUAUUUGAGAUGUACAUUAAAAUUUUGUUCUAUUUGAAAUCAA